UUUACUGUUCGAUUUAUCUACCUACAUUUGUCAAGUCUUCCAAUAAUUUGAUUCUCAACAAUCAUCUGGAUAAUCUUCUAUAUUUAAUCUCUCGAUUAUACAAUUCUGCCCCCCGCCCCCCUUACCAUCUUCCUCAAACCACCACCCCCUUCAUUUUUUUUUCAUAUCUCUGCCCAUCAACCUAUAUAUGUAGCAAGAAUAAUCAAAAGGGUGGAGAUACAAAUAAACACACGUACCUAUACAUACAUACAUAUUUACCAAUCUCUGCCCCCAAGGAUUUAUUGCCUAGGCAAAACAAAUUAAACAUUAGGAAAUUCCAACACAUCCUUUUUUUUUUUUUUAAUUUAUUCGUAAACUCCUGCCGCAAUGCCUGAAUACAUGGUGGACCAAUCAAACGGCGACAUUUUCUCGAAUGUCGCUUCGAAAGAAAAAUUGACCGAAAUGUCCCCGAGAAGCCCCUUGGGCACACACAGCCCCCCACCGUUGAGCACCACGCUCAGCCACGACAGCAGCGACUCUCUUGACUUGGUCAUCGAUGAUGUCAUCAUCGACACGUCGAUCGAACAGUUGUACCAGAAUGUCUGCGAGAUGCAGAGCUCCGACCACUCACCUUCGAGGCGCAGCUUCUUAUCCUACGGUGAAGAAUCAAGAAUCGAUUCCGAAUUACGGUUUUUCGCCGGAGGAGAUUAUUGUAAUUUGGACACGAAAAAGGAAGCUGCCUCUAAAGACGACAUUCUUGAAGCUACUACUCCUACUAAGUCUAUAACAACACAUGAAAACGGACUUCCUUUGAACACCGAAGCCACAAAAAAGGGUAAUUUAAGAAGCAAGACUUUGAAUGGGAGGCCACCGAACGGGAAGCAAGGCUCGAAAAAGCUAGGGGCAUUUUCGUCAAUGAAAAAUGAGAAUAACGGUGAACCGGGGUAUCUCGGGCCAUACUUGCUCAAACAGGCGAGGGACAUUAUCGCGUCGGGGGAAAAUUCGCACAAGGCUCUCGAAUUGGCUCUUCGAGCGAUGAGUUCUUUCGAGAUUUCGGCAAAGAAGGCAAAUUUAGACCACGUCAUGUGUCUGCAUGUUGUGUCUGCGUUGUACUGCAGGCAUGGCCGGUACACCGAGGCGAUUCCUAUUCUCGAGAAAUCGAUCGAAAUCCCGGUUAUGGAUUUAGGCCACAAUCACGCUUUGGCUAAAUUCGCAGGGUGCAUGCAGUUGGGCGAUACUUACGCAAUGCUCGGGCAGAUUGAGAAUUCCAUACUUUUCUACACUGCGGGUUUGGAAAUUCAAAGACAAGUAUUGGGCGAAAAAGACCCUCGAUUCGGUGAAACUUGCAGGUAUUUAGCCGAAGCGCACGUUCAAGCUAUACAAUUCGACGAGGCUGAAAAGCUCUGUUUGAUGGCUCUCGAUAUACAUAAAGAGAACGGUUCUUCUUCAUCUGCUUCUCCAGAGGAAGCAGCGGAUAGGAGACUCCUCGGACUUAUCUGCGAGUCGAAAGGAAAUUACGAAGGCGCCCUCGAGCAUUACGUUCUCGCAAGCAUGGCCAUGGCUGCCAACGGGCACAACGCUGACGUGGCGGCCAUUGAUUGCAGCAUCGGUGAUGCGUACCUGUCCCUAGCCAGGUACGACGAGGCUGUCUCUGCUUAUAAGAAAGGGCUUGAAAUGUUUAAAUCGAGUAAAGGAGAGAAUCAUCCUUCGGUCGCUUCGGUUUUCGUUCGUUUGGCCGAUUUGCAUAACAAGAUCGGAAAAUUCAGCGAUUCGAAAUCUUAUUGUGAAAGCGCCCUCCGUAUUUACGCGAAGCCAGUACCAGGUAGCCCAAAGGAAGAAAUUGCAAGUGGCUUGGUCGAUAUUUCUGCUAUAUUUGAAUCAAUGAACGAGCCUGAACGAGCUUUGCAGUUGCUAAAGAAGGCGUUGAAAGUGUACGGUACGGCGCCAGGUCAGCAGAGCAUAAUUGCGGGGAUCGAAGCUCAAAUGGGAGUGCUGUACUAUAUUUUGGGGAGUUAUCCGGAGGCUUAUAGCUCUUUGAAGAACGCUGUAAUGAAGUUCCGUUCGACCGGAGAAAAGAAAUCGGCCCUUUUCGGGAUUGCUUUGAAUCAGAUGGGGCUUGCUUGUGUGCAGCUUUUGUUGAUAAACGAGGCUGCUGAUUUGUUUGAAGAAGCUCGAGAUAUUCUCGAGGCUGAAUGCGGGCCCUACCAUGCUGACACUUUGGGUGUUUAUAGUAAUCUUGCUGGAACUUAUGAUGCAAUGGGCAGGACUUGUGAUGCAAUUGAAAUAUUGGAAUAUGUUGUCGAGAUGAGAGAGGAGAAGCUCGGAACCGCAAAUCCAGACGUGGAAGAUGAGAAACGCAGACUCGCCGAGUUGUUAAAAGAAGUAGGAAAGGUCCGAACCAGAAAAUCGAGAUCUUUGGAGACCUUACUCGUCAAAAAUUCUCACACCGUUAUUCCUUUUCACAUCGAAGUGUCUUGAAAAUAUUCCAUAUCGUAUUUUCCGUUUUUCGUUUUGUUCUUUCGUUUUUUUUUUUUUUUUCGUUUUUCGAGUGUACAAGUUUACUGAACAGGUAGUUGUUGUUGGAUUGCCUUGCAUGUUCUUGUCUUGAAAAUCUGAGUGACAUUGAAAAUAAAUAAAAGUAUUAAAAGAAUGUUAUUAC